GAAAGAGGGAGAGAGAGAGGGAGUGUGCCCCACAUCAUCUCUCCUCCUGUUAUCAUCCUCCGGUGCAACAGUCGUUAUGAAACCGUCUGCGGGCGACAAGCGUCGGAUGCUCGUCUGAUUCUCCUCUCAGUGAAUCUACAGUGCAGGAAGAAGAGAUAGAAACAGAGUGUGUCCGGGCUCCUGUCGGGGAAAGUCCUAAGAAAAUUGGCAAACAGAGUUUAAAAAAUAAAAAAUAAAUCUUACUUUCUAGAUCUUAAACUUCACGAGGAGCCAUAUUGUCUCUCAGAUUCUCCUGCUGCGACCGUGCGUCCGACUGGGACCUGGCGUGUGUCAGGGGGCUAUGGUGACGCGAUGUGCACGCGCUGGUGUGAGGAGAGAUGCGCCAGCGUCAGUGGAGGACGACGGAGGGAUAGAGGAGUGCACCAUUCAUGGCUGGCCAUCGCACUCUUCUUCUCUGUCCUGUGGGGCCAAGUGUCCCCCCAGUGCCCGGACAGCUGCCACUGUGCCUGGGACACGGCCACGGUGCAGUGCUCCGAUGCCGGGCUGCAGGAGGUCCCAGCGGGGAUCCCGCCGGAUACCGUCUCCCUCCACCUGGAGCGCAACUACAUCCGGAACCUCCCGGAGAGCGCCUUCAGAGACCUGGUCCACCUGCGGGACCUGUAUCUGUCCCACAACCGCAUCGACUCGCUCGCCUCGGGAGCCCUGCGGCGUCUGGGCUCCGAGCUGCGCCUGCUGGACCUUUCGCACAACCUGCUGAGGCAGGCCAACCGGGAGGAGUUUGGCUCCACGCGAGCGAAGACGCGGCUCUACCACAAUCCCUGGCACUGUGACUGCGCCCUGCAGGAGCUGAUGGAGACUCUGAACCUGGAGCCCGAAACGGUGAACGGGAUCGUCUGCGAGAGCUCUGUGCGGGGUGCGGGCGAGGGGAGCAGGUGGGAGGAGCCGGGGGCGCAGGGCGAGCACGCAGGUCAACCGCUGGUCAAACUGUUGGAUUCCGGGGUGAACUUCUGCAGCCUGCAGAGGAAAACCACCGACGUGGCCAUGCUGGUGACAAUGUUCGUGUGGUUCUUUAUGGUCAUCGUGUACGUGGUGUACUAUGUGCGGCAGAACCAGGCCGAGGCCCGCAGGCAUUUGGAGUACCUGAAGAGUUUACCCAGCCCAAUCAAGACCCCCACUGAGACAGACACUCUGAGCACUGGUUUCUGAACUUCUGCCGGGCUGUAAUUUUAAUGGAAUAAUCAAACGCCGGUUUCAUGGAGAGCCACUGAAAAACGUCAAAAUCGCAGCGUGGACUUGCUGUAAGAUGACUGUGAGGAACCCAACACAGAACAGCUGUGUUGUGGUGUUGUCAACAUUUCUUAAUGUUUGUUACAGCUGAAGUUUUUCUUACUAAUUUCCUUUCCUGUUGCACUGUUCUCACCUCAAAGAAAAACUAUUUGGAUGUGUACUGGCUUUUACUCACUGUCCCACCUGCAAUGAGAGAAAAGAGCAGAGACAGCAGAAGACGAAAGGACGAAAUAAAAGAAAAUGUCACAAGGAAGAAAUUCUUUAUAGCCGUCUAUCUCCCUCCGCAGUCCGUCCUUCCUCUUUCCGUUCUCCUCCCAGCGAGCCGUGGCCUUUUCUCUUUCAUUACGCUCUAAUUAGGACUCUUUGACCAACUGACCCUUAAUGAACCCUUGCAAGGUCCUAAUCAGGUGGAGUGUGCUUAUGAGGACAAAAAGAAGUGUGUCUUCAUCUAAUUGUGUCAUUGUUUCAUUUGUGCAUGUGUGUGUGUGUGUGUGUGUGCGUUGUUACGGCCCUUUCUACUCUGAUAACACUGAUUGGCGCGGAUGCUAUUCGGGCCUUUUCCAAUACAGGGGCCACAAUACGCCAGUUGUUUCCAUGCCAGUGGAGAGCUGCUGAUCUAAAUUUACUCUCAGGGAGCCAUUAGAGCCCAAGGUGGUGUGGUGAAGCACACGGUCUCUAAGAUGCAGGAAUCAGCUCUCCAAUAUCCGGACAGCUUAGUGUACCGAUUGGUACAGGGAAAAUUUCAACCAGAAAUGGAUUGUCGGUUUAAAUUCGUUUAGUAGAGCCAUUUAUCCUGAGAGACUCCGUUGGCUUAGCUUUAAUUAAUCUCCCGAGUCCUGCGUCCUCGCUGUGUACCAGUUGUUUCCGCCUCCCAUUUUCCACAAAGGCUGUAACUAUAACUGAUUUAUAUUUCUGGAAGUGAGUGCUCUGGUAAUAAAUAGAAUUGUUAGUACAUUUAACGCUUGUGAUGUUAAGAGCAACGCCAUUCCUCACAAGCGGGUGUUUACUGCAGUUUUCCUGCGUAUCCCACUCACAGGAAAUGGAGCAAAACCUGACGGGAUUAACAGCCACCCCCUUUUUUCUUUUUUUUUUCCACUUGACUUCAUCAUAAUCAUAUUUACUGUGCCGCCGCCUCUGGAGCAUUAGAUUCUGAUGGGAGGGUGUAUUGUGUAUAUUUAUUUCUUCACAGUUACAAAUAGAAAUGAUAGAAUGCUUCACUCAAAUUUUUGGUCAGCAAAUUCUUUGUUUAGAGCAACCCCAUAAUCUGAGAAGGCACAAAAUGAUGUUUUACCCCCAGAUUGCUUAUCUUUUCAAAGAUUAUUCGAAACCAAAUGAGAAAAGAAAAAAGAAAAAACACUCUUGUUGAGUAUAUGUUGUCUGUAACAGAUUAUGAGGGUUCAUGGAUGCCGAUGUCGUCUGGUGAUUCCUGAAUUAUAAUUUGCCCAUAACUUGGUGCGACCAUUUUAUCUCCAUCGUCAGGUCAAACAUUUGUCCAAUACCUGGAUUAAGAUUAAAUGACUGCUAAUUCACCAACCUCAACUGUACUUUGUGUCCAGUGCUAACAGGCCAAACUCGUUUUUUUAAGACGGUUAACGGUGAUGGUUAACAUUAUACCUGCUGGCAUUGUCACUGUGAGUGUGUAGCUCAAAGCACAUCUCUCGUUCAUGUUUUUUGUCCCCGAUGGAUUCAAAUGUACAGUUACAAACUUGUAAGUGCCCAUGGAUAUAGUUAGAUAUGACUGUUCUCCAUUUUAGCUGACGUUUUGGUUGGUAAGAGCAGAAGUGAAGCCUAGAGUAGGUCAACUGUCCAUGUACUGUACUGUGCUAAAUGUGUCGUGUGUGUGUGUGUGUGUGUGUGUGUGUGCGUGCGCGCGCGCGCGCGCGCGCGCGCGUGCGUUUCGUAAUCUGGAAUGGUUCAGGUCGGUGUUGUUCAGGAGCUAGACCAUGAGUAGAACGAUGUUGAUAUUGUCACGAUGAAUGUUAAACCUCUCUGGUAUUAGACCAGAGGCUAAAAGAUGAAAUACAUAAAGGUAGAUAUUUGUUCUGUGGUCUUAAAAACUAAAAUGUGGGUUCACUUGAGAAGCACCGUUCACGUGGAACUUAACAUGCGGCGGAUAUUUUCUGAAUGUUACCUGUUUGUCACCGAUCUCACAUCUAACGCGGGAGUUACCCGACUUCACUAAUCCCCUCGAAACACAAGAAACAAGAAUAACCUCUGUGUGUAGUUUCUUUCUGUGAGUAUUCUUUUUUUAUUGGUGGUGUAUUUCUAUUCUGGUGAUUUGUUCUCUCUCCUGUUUCUAUGCCAAUGAUUGUUCAAACAAGGAUAGACUCAUAGAUCGAAAACCAUUACAUUAAAUAAUAAAUGAACUGUCAAAAAGUGAUUUCAGAAAGAAAGAAAAACACAACAGUUAUUAUAAACAAAAUUACAGAAGCGUUGCUCUACUUGGUUCAUAGAAAUGCUUCUACCUUUUAUUGCUACUGUCAGUGGAAAAAAGGCCAGAAGAUGAAGAGAAGUAAUAGAAGUACAGGAAAACAUGAUCAGUUCACAGAAUGAGCUGAUCAUGGUCGGCAGUGUUUCCUAUUUCUACUCUGCCAUGCGAUAAAAUGAAAGGGAAUGAAACUGAAAGACUAUUAUACAUAUAUAAUUAACUAAAUGAUAUGAACUUUCACCACUUUCUUCUUCUUCCAUCACCAUCAAUCAAAAUCAAAAUGGCCCCACAAUUCAUCCAUCGCUCCACUGCCUUUUCUUGAAAUCUGAGUCGUUUCUCCCCCUGGAAAUAUAUCACCACAAAAACACAAAGUGGAGUCGGGGCACAGCACACCACUGCCCUGGAUAUUUCAACAUGGGGGAGAACAAAAGAGGAUAUAAAUAAAAAGCAACUUCAGCCUG